GGGGUCUACUGUUUUCUGAGAGGCCGAGCUGAGUGCUUUAUGUAAAUGUAACAUUUUAAUCAUUUCAUCCCUGGGAGGAUGGUCCAGCCCCCUGCCUCUGAACAGACCCAAUAAAAAUGGACCAUGAGUCUGACACCUGGCUAUAUACACAGGAAGGAACACAAAGUCCUAAUCAGAAAUCAAGGGGAGAAAUCUCAGGUCAGAUCGCAAUCGACGAGACACCCGAGGCACGAUGACUUCUAGUAAAAUUGAACUCCCAGGAGAAGUCAAGUCAGACCCCGCUGCGCUCAUGGCAUCGCUCCAGCUCAUGCCCUCGCCAAUUCCUGACUUGGAGAUAAAGUACACCAAGAUUUUCAUAAACAAUGAGUGGCAAACGUCAGUAAGUGGUAAAACAUUCCCCGUGUAUAACCCAUCAAAUGGAGAGAAAAUAUGUCAUGUUCAAGAAGCGGAAAAAGCGGACACUGACAAGGCUGUACAAGCAGCUCGGCUGGCCUUUACUCUGGGCUCAGUAUGGAGGAGAAUGGACGCCUCCGAGAGAGGGAGACUGCUGGACAAGCUAGCAGACCUGGUGGAGAGGGACAGGACGAUCCUCGCUACUUUGGAAUCAAUGAAUUGUGGGAAACCUUUUCUCCAGGCUUUCUAUGUGGACCUUCAGGGAGUCAUAAAAACACUAAGAUAUUUUGCAGGCUGGGCUGACAAGAUCCACGGGAUGACCAUUCCAGUAGAUGGAGAUUAUUUUACCUUCACAAAACAUGAACCCAUCGGAGUCUGUGGACAGAUCAUCCCUUGGAACUUCCCAUUGUUGAUGAUGGCCUGGAAGUUCGCCCCGGCGCUGUGCUGUGGAAACACGGUGGUCAUCAAACCCGCUGAACAAACACCACUCAGCAGCCUCUACAUGGGGGCCCUCAUCAAAGAGGCUGGGUUUCCACCAGGAGUUGUCAACAUUUUGCCAGGAUAUGGGCCAACUGCAGGGGCUGCUAUAGCCUUUCACAUGGGCAUAGACAAGGUUGCUUUCACAGGAUCAACUGAGAUUGGAAAGCUGAUCCAAGAAGCAGCUGGAAGGAGUAAUUUGAAGAGAGUAACGCUGGAGCUGGGAGGGAAGAGCCCCAACAUUAUUUUUGCAGAUGCAGAUUUGGAUUAUGCGGUUGAGCAAGCCCACCAAGGAGUGUUUUUCAACCAAGGACAGUGCUGCACUGCUGGAUCCCGGAUUUUUGUGGAGGAAUCCAUUUAUGAUGAGUUUGUCCGGAAGAGUGUGGAGCGAGCAAGGAGGAGAAUAGUAGGGAACCCCUUUGAUCCCACCACUGAGCAAGGACCACAGAUCGAUAAAAAGCAGUACAGUAAGAUCCUGGCACUCAUACAAAGUGGGAUCAGUGAAGGAGCCAAGCUUGAGUGUGGCGGCAAAGCCUUGGGCAGAAAAGGAUUCUACAUUGAACCUACAGUGUUCUCCAAUGUCAAAGACGAGAUGCGAAUAGCUAAGGAAGAGAUUUUUGGACCUGUUCAGCAAAUAUUGAAGUUCAAGACCAUGGAUGAAGCCAUUGAGAGGGCUAAUAACACUGAGUAUGGCCUUGUAGCGGCUGUCUUCACCAAGGAUAUAAACAAGGCCAUGACGGUCUCUGCAGCGAUGCAGGCUGGGACAGUAUGGAUAAACUGUUACAACGCACUGAAUGUCCAGAGCCCGUUUGGAGGAUUCAAAAUGUCUGGAAAUGGAAGAGAAAUGGGUGAGUACGGAUUGAGGGAGUACUCUGAAGUCAAAACUAUUACAAUGAAGAUUCACCAGAAGAACUCCUAGAAGCUUGGUUAGCCUCCAGUGUAACACUGAGUGCAUUCCUAGCCUCUAGUAGAUAAAGCACUCAUCACUGGGGAGUAUAGAUCCCAGCAGUGAUGCACCACACUACUAGUAAAUAAGACAUAAAAGCAGAGCGGAUUGACACUACUGCAAACUGUUACGCUUUUCAUAAGCAUCUCCUUAAUCCCCUGCAAUUAAGUUAUUUUUAAUGUGUGGGUUGGGGAUUAGGAAAUGGGAAGGCGUAUUUAAAACUGUAAAUACAAUACUGCCAUUUUAUAUGUAAUAUGUAUCUGUAAUACCUUGUAAUAUUCAUGAAGACUUUUUGAUUUUGUGGAGUAAAAUCAAUAACAUUGGUGCUCCCAUUAAAUCAGAUCAUACCAUGAAAAUGUUACCACUAUUUUUUUGAUAUGACCACUUACACUGUAUAUUAUCUUUCAUUAAUAUUGUUUAAUUUUAUUGUA